GUUCACUGGGUAUUAGUGAUAUAAAUGAUUUGACAGCAGCCAAUAGCAGGGAUACAGCAGAGCAGAUAGAGAAGUUAAUCAGCUACAAACCUGGGCAUAGCUUAGAUAACAAGUACUUACACUUCCUAUCCAUACUGCUUUCAGAUUUCUCUUCUGUCCGUUGUGAGCACCCGAGGGAGACAUGAGGUCCGGGUGCUUGGCAGUUCUGGGGGUCAUGACCUUUUGUGUGUGUGCAGCUACUGUGGUGGAGGAGGGUAUUUUACAUCUCAACAAGGGAAAUUUUAAAAAGGCUCUGAGGGAGAACAAGGAGCUGCUGGUGCACUUCUACAUCCCUAUGACUGCAGAUGGCCAAAAAGUGUCAGAGAUUUUUCAGGAAGCAGCCACAGAGCUCCAGGGGUCAGAGGUCAGGUUUGCCAUGGUGGAUACGGUACAGGAGAAGGAGCUGGCUAAAGACUUAAACGCCACUGCACCCCCCUUUAUAAGACUGUACCUGUCCGGAGACGAGCACAAUCCUGUACCAUGUCCUGUUCCUAAGACCUCAUCCUCCAUUCUGACCUGGUUAAAGAGAAGGGCGGGCUCUCCUACUGACAUCAUCACAGACAACAUCCAAUCAGACGAUCUGCUGGUGGCUGGAUUCUUUAAAGAGCUGAAUGCUACAUACAUCCAGGUGUUUUAUGAGGCAGCAGUGGACCUUCCUGACCUGACCUUCACCCUGACCCAGAAUGAUGACGUCAUCAGUAAAUAUGGCCUUGUGGAUGACAACAUCGUCUUGGUUCUCAAAAAGUCCAGGCUGAUGCAGGCUUACAGAAUGAGACCGGAGACGACUAAAGAGGAGCUCAUUCUGUUUAUUACCGUCUUCCAGAUGGAGCCAGUCACAGAGUACACAGGCGAGACUGCUUCACAGAUCCUGAGCUCUCCCAUUCUGUACCAUGCACUUUUAUUCAUUAGUAAAUCAUCUCCAGAUUAUGAAAAGAUAUAUGAUGCCUUCAACCGCUCUGCUGCAGCCUUCAGGUUAAAAAUUUUGUUUGUCCUGGUGAACGUGGACGAGUCCCGGAAUGGCCGCGUCAUGGAGUACUUCAGAGUGCGAGACUUUGAGGCUCCUCUGGUCAGAAUAGUAAACCUGACUGAUCAUGUGACCUACCACCUACCUUCACUCACUCUGGAUGUGGAAACUAUCAGUGGAUUCUGCCAGGAUUUUCUAAAUGGCAGUGCUAAGCCAAAGCUGCAGAGUGAGCCUGUUCCAGAGGGGUGGGAGCAGGAGCCGGUGAAACAGCUGGUGGGGUCCACUCUAGAGAAAGUGGCCUUUCACCCAAACAAUACCGUCUUUGUCCUCUUCUACCUGCCGUACAGCCCACAGUCCCGUGCUGUGUUCCCUCUGUGGGAGGAGUUAGCGGAGGCAUUUAAGGACCAGGAGAAUGUCGUAAUCGCUCGUAUCGACGCCUCUGCCAAUGACAUCAACAUGUCUAUGCAUCGCCAGUACCCCUCACUCUGCCUCUUCCCUGCUUUAUACGCUGAAAGGGUGGUAGUUUAUAAUGGUAAGCACAAGUUGAAUAACCUGGUGAAGUUUGUACAUAAAGAAAUGGAAAAAGCCAAAAAAGAAAGAGUUAAGGAAGACGAAGACAGAAGGAAAUACAUGGAUGCACUGAGAGCAGAAGAAGCCAAAAAAGACAACCGAAGUAAAGAGGAGCUUUGACAACAGCAAACUGUAUACAAAAUGUCUUAACUCCCCCACUUGGAG